UCAGCCUUCAGACUCGGGUUACCUUGACUAAUCCAUCCAGAAGCCAGUCAUAUCUCCUCUCGUCGAGGAACUUGAGCGCACACACACACGGCAGCUCAUCCCUCCGUCUCUUUCUCCUUCAGCUUCAGUUUCUCGUACCUUUGCACCACCACCACCACCCGGGGGGUUCCGCCGGAACGCUCGCCCGAAACAAGAGCGCCAUGGCCCGCGUGGUGGUCGUUGAAGGGAUGCCGGAGACGGCCGUCGGCGGAGGAGUGAUGCUGAACCGACGGAAGAGCAAAGCCAGGCGGAGAAAGCGAAAGGAGUUGUUCGCCUUCCAGAUGUGCUUCGCGGGGUUACUGCUGGGGCUCGUCGUGGGGUUCCGGUCUGUGGCACAGAAAGCAGGAUAUCAUGACUCCGGCCCGGUGGUCAUGGAGGGGGCAAGGUGGGAGAGUCGUCACCUUCUACAAGAAGUCUAUGACAACGAGUCCAACCUCUACUCUGAGCCUGAAAAGAACUGCACUGAACCAGCAAUCCAUGAGUUCCCCAGGGAUUACUUCACCAACCAGGAGCGCGUUGACGGAGCAGUGGGCCUGCACGUCCUCUGUGCGGUCUACAUGUUCUACGCCCUGGCUCUGGUGUGCGACGACUACUUUGUCCCCUCACUCGAGAAGAUAUGUGAGCGUCUUCAUCUGAGUGAAGAUGUCGCAGGAGCGACCUUCAUGGCAGCAGGCAGCUCAGCUCCUGAACUGUUCACCUCUGUCAUUGGAGUCUUCAUCACUAAAGGUGAUGUCGGGGUUGGCACCAUUGUGGGCUCAGCCGUCUUCAACAUCCUCUGCAUUAUUGGAGUGUGCGGGAUAUUCGCUGUGCAGACAAUACGUCUCUCCUGCUGGCCUCUGCUCAGAGACUCCGUCUACUACACACUGUCUAUCUCUGCUCUUAUAGUGUUCAUAUAUGAUGAAAAAGUGGUUUGGUGGGAAGCUCUCACGUUGAUUCUGAUGUAUUUCGUCUACAUUUUGAUCAUGAAGAUGAACUCCCAUGUUGUUCGUUUUCUGGAGAGGCGGAAGAAGAACUCGUCCACUUUGAGGAACGGAGCAGCCAGUAACACUGAACUAGACGAUGGCUGUGAUGCGACCGCUGUUCUACUGAAGAAAGCGAACCACCACAGGAAGCCGUCAGUGCUGAUGGUGGACGAGCUGCUGUCAGCCUACCCCCACCAGCUGUCCUUCUCCGAGGCCGGCAUGAGGAUCAUGAUCACCAGCCACUUCUCCCCCAGAACUCGCCUCACCAUGGCCUCACGAAUGCUCAUCACCGAGAGGCAGCGUCUAAUCAACACACGGACUCUGACCAAUGGUGACUCCGAUGUUCAAGUUAAAGGAGCAAGUAGGCGGGGCAUAGAAAAUGGACUGUCCGGGGCCGAGAGAGGCAUUCGCCGCGACGACCAAGAGGAGAGUAACGAGAUGGAGAAUGAGGACAACGAGAACAAUGAAAACGACGAAGAGGAAGAAGAAGAGGAUGGAGAGGGACCCUUUGUACCCUUCCAGUGCCCAGCCGGUUUUUGUAACAAGCUGAAGUGGCUGCUGGCUUGGCCUCUGUGCCUGCUCCUGUACUUCACCGUCCCCAACUGCUCCACACCUCGCUGGGACAACUGCUUCAUGCUGUCUUUUGCUGCCUCCACCCUGUGGAUCGCCGGCUUCUCCUACAUCAUGGUCUGGAUGGUAACAGUGAUUGGUUUCACACUCGGUAUCCCAGAUGUCAUCAUGGGCAUCACCUUCCUGGCAGCCGGCACCAGCGUCCCGGACUGCAUGGCCAGCCUAAUCGUGGCACGACAGGGAAUGGGAGACAUGGCGGUGUCCAACUCCAUCGGGAGUAACGUGUUUGACAUCCUAGUGGGGCUCGGCCUCCCCUGGGCUCUGAAGACUCUGGCUAUCAACUACGGCUCUGAUAUCAAACUAAACAGUAAAGGGCUGAUCUUCUCCGUGGGGCUCCUGCUGGCCUCUGUGUUUAUGACUGUCCUCGGAGUUCACCUAAACAAGUGGACGUUGGACAAGCGUCUCGGUUUCACGUGUCUCCUGUUCUACUCUGUCUUCCUGUGCUUCUCCUGCCUCAUUGAGUACAACAUCUUCACCUUUGUCAACCUGCCAACCUGCCGGGACGACUGAGACACACACAUGACACAUGUACACACACACACACACACACAUAUACACACCCACUAAUAUACAUAUGUGCACACACACAUACAGGAAUUCCAAGAGAAGUAUUAAAUAGAUGGUGGUGUCCGACCAUAGAAUGAGAACCGCAAAGUAUAAAUCUAAAUAAUUUUAGGGCAGCAAGAGGCAAGAAUUAUUUGCAAAUAUCCGUCAGUGAGAAGAGAUUACAGUCGUCUUCUUUUGUUUUUUGUCUUUUUUUGUGAUGCCCAUCUUCCUGCUCAGUGCAAUAUGGAGCCGCUCUGGUUGUUUGCUCACAGCCAGAGUGUGGGAUUGAUUUAAGGAGCAGAGAUGGAAUUGACUGACUCGUCACAAAGCCCUCACGCAGGACAGCACUGAGGACGACAACCACGACAACAAAAGAAAAAAAAAAUAACUAUUUGUCCGACUACUGCUCGACACUCCCCGUAUUUAGACGUGAAAGUUGUGGUGUUUACUAGCUGCUAUCCUUUCCCGAGAGGAAAGGCGGGUCUUUUAGAUCUUCUAAUCGAGAGUAAUAACGAUAAAAGCAAUGAUGUUAAUGGGUGGGAGGGUGUAGCUUAGCGCUGAGGUGUAGAUAAUGAAGAUUUGUCAAACUGUUGAAUCAAGAGUCAGAGCUGCGAGUUGAAGUCUUCAGGCAAAGAACAGGACCUGUGGUGCAGAUGAGCACAUUUUUCAAACUCUGUUAUCUAUUUCUAUUUCCGUUACGUGGUCUGUAGAGUGAUUUCCAAUUAUGUUGAUUGUUCAGAACAUUUUCAUAUACAGCUGCAUUUUCAGAUUAGAGCUACACAACCCCCACCACCACCACUACACACACAGAACCAGGGCAUUAUCCAGUCACCUUUUUAUAAAUGUACUUCAAUAGCAUCACAGCUGUAGCUUCUGUGUUUUGUACUGGAGAAGAAUUAACUUCAUGUUAGCUUUACGGAGAGUCCUCCUGUAAAUAGCACACCUCUGUAAAUACCCCCCAGAUGUCAUAUUUAUUAUUUAUUCAUAUUAUACGCACAUUUCUCCUCUGGUGGCCACAAAACUGGGCAGUUUUUAUUUAUGGGCCCCAGGGUUGAUCCACACUUAAGAUCUCUACAGACGACCACUCAUGUACAAACAAGCACAAUUUCCUUCAACGGCUGAUUUAGUUGCGUGAUGCGUGUGGAUGUUUUAAAAAAAAAAUCAGAAUUCAAACUUGCACUGAAGAGCUUGGACUAGCUUCACAGGGAGACUCGAACUGUUCCUCCUCCUAAUGCGUGCUGAUUAUAAGGAGAGCAAUCCUUGUAAGAUGAAGCAGGUUUGUAUGAGAUUAUCAUAUCACGGUUUUAAAGGAGCAAAUGUGCGUUAUUUUGGGGGGUGGGCCGGGGUUCUUGUGGUGAGAUGGACUGCUGCUUUUUCUCUUCUUGAAGAUACUGACCAAAUAGACUCAAAACAGUGGCGGCAUUAUUUCAAACGACAGCCAAGCAAGUUGGACAAGGGAUUUCCUCUGUGGUGGAUGAAUGGAUGGUCCUGCUUCACCCCCCCUGUGGUCCCAAAGAGGAGAUGAGGUAUUUAAGUGGUAGUAUCGUAGGAGUAGAGUAAAGAUGCAAUAUAAAGCAUCAGGACUUUCAGAUCCCAGCUGUAAUACUUAAAAGUUGGGGUAUCAACUUUAUUUUUAUCCAGGAGUUCUUUGUAUUUUGUAAUGCCUAAUGUCUAGAUUUGUCCAUAUAUGGUAGGUUUGUGGUACAUAAAUAUUCCUGAUAGUUUUUAGAGCAUGUGCAAUGUGGUUUGUGAACCCUCCGCCGGGGGGAUUUUUUUAUUUCACUGCCGAGGCGAGGCCCGCCAGCGAAGUCACUCUAUUCCUGUAAGACUUCCACCACUGCAGAAGUGAACACUCAUCUGUCAGAGCCUGUUGAUUCUCACAGAGUAUCCAUCAAAAUGUCAGCUUCUCCUUCCAGACAGGUUCAUUUGAAAUGUCAAGUGCCCCGCUCCUGUCUUUCUUUUCCUUUUUUUUCUCAUCGAGGGAAGACAUGUCUGAUUUGUUUCAGGUUAAUAUUAAUUUAUUGAUCAAUAAUAUCAAAUCUGGAAAAUAUUAUCUUUCAAUUGUGAGAGAUGAAUGAAUGUUUUUUUGUUUUUUGGUACAUAUAUCAUACAUAUUUAUUUAUUUCAGAGACACAGGCAGAGUACUCUGUGCUAUGACCGGAAAACAGGGUUUAAAUGUGUUUUUGAAUCUUAUGUAAUGCAAUAACUAUGAGCUUACAAAUAUGUAAAUAUGCCGCUUUAAUGAUCAAAGACAAAUUUAUAAUAGUUAAAAAAAUGUAUUCUCUUUGUAAAUGCCGUCUCUCCACAUGUGACACUGUAACGGCUCGUCAUUCUUUGUCAGUGACUACAAACAAUCAGAACAGGACUGUUAAUUACAUACAGAGCCCUACAAUACUAAACAUCAUCAUGGCCUGUUUUGCAAUUUAUGACUGAGCACAAUUGUUACAAUUUAACCCUAACCCUCUAAUUUUCUUUAUCAUAAUCAUGUCAUAUCAGGGUAGAAAUGUUUCUGCUCCUCAGUGAUCAGAGACACGCUUUUAAUGAUUUAUUUUAUAGGUCCCAUUUCCUAAAAAGAUUUCCCAGAAAAAAGAACCAUGUGAUGCUAAUUGCAGGGAAAGUGUAGAUAUAGAGAAUGUUCUUAGAGAGGAUUCAAAGUACAUGUGUCAUUUAUUUUGAAGGAGCCAGGUUGCUUAUUACCAGAGAAAUUAUAUGGAAGCCCAUUUACACCAAAAAGAAGAGAAAAUAAAUGGAAUGUUAGGAGAAAAAUAUACAUUGUCAGUAAAAUUAUUAAUGAGAUGAUCAAUCAGAAG